AUGAAGAAUCAGUCGAAAGAGAUAGAAUUUAUUCUCCUGGGACUGACUGAUGACCCACAAUUGCAAAUUGUCAUUUUUACAUUUCUUUUCCUAAACUAUAUGUUAAGUGUCAUGGGGAACUUAACCAUCAUCCUUCUUACCUUGCUGGAUCUCCGCCUCAAGACGCCAAUGUAUUUUUUUCUCAGAAAUUUUUCCUUCUUGGAAGUUUCGUUGACCACAGUCUGUAUUCCCAGAUUUCUGAUAACCAUCGUGACUAAAAACAAAAUCAUUUCCUAUAAUGGUUGUGCAUCUCAGCUGUUCUUUUUCCUCUUAUUAGGAGUUACUGAGUUUUACCUACUGGCAGCCAUGUCUUUUGACCGUUAUGUAGCCAUCUGCAAACCCUUGCACUACCCGACCAUCAUGAGCAGCAGGGUGUGCUACCAACUCGUCCUGAGCUCAUGGACAGCUGGCUUUUUGAUAACCUUUCCCCCGUUGGUCAUGGGCCUGAAACUGGAAUUCUGUGCUUCCAAAGUAAUCGAUCAUUUCAUAUGUGACACUUCCCCUGUGCUGCAGAUUUCUUGCACAGACACUCAUUUCCUAGAAUUAAUUUCAUUUGUCGCGGCUGUGGUAACACUGGUGCUCACAUUGCUGUUAGUGAUUCUUUCCUAUGUAUAUAUCAUCAAGACUAUUCUAAAAAUUCCCUCCUCUCAGAAAAGAACAAAGGCAUUUUCUACUUGUUCUUCACAUAUGAUUGUAGUCUCCCUUACUUACGGGAGCUGUAUCUUCAUUUACAUGAAGCCAUCAGCCAAGGAAAGGGUGACUUUAUCCAAAGGUGUAGCUGUUAUCUAUACCUCGGUUGCCCCAUUAUUAAACCCUUUCAUUUACACUUUAAGGAACCAGCAAGUGAAACAAGCCUUCAAGGAUAUAAUGCAAAAGGUUUUUAUGUUUUCCAAAAAAUGA